AACCAUGAGCAACAUAAGCCAUAUUUUGGUUUUAUUUUUUAUUUUGUUCACUUUUGGUGGUGAAUGAAGCUCUGUGAGGGUAUUGUCGCAGUAUUGUGCAUUGCCUUACAUGUAUUCAUAUUCAGAAUUCAAUGCCACACUGGAGAUAUUUGCCUGGGUAGAGGUCAACGAUGUUAUGAAGGCACAGUGCAAGUCUGCUCAGAUGGCACAUGGGGGACAGUGUGUGAUGACAGUUGGGACUCCAAUGAUGCAAGGGUUGUAUGCCGACAGCUUGGAUAUGAAACAAGCGGUGCCACUGCUUUAAACAGAGCAUACUUUGGCUAUGGAGCUGGUAAUAUUGUCAUGGAUGAUGUAUCAUGUAGUGAGUCCGAGACAAAGCUUUAUUACUGCUCUUACAAUUCUAAUCAUAACUGUGGUCACAGUGAGGAUGCUUCAGUCCGGUGUUCAUCAAUCAGGGAAAGGCCAAGCAGUGGUGUUUGCUAUCGUACUGAAACAUACCUCGUUGGAUACUAGACAACAACCUCACAUGUGUCGUAUGUGGGCUACACACAAUGUGGACUGUUCUGGCGUUGUUCC